AUGACCUUUCUGCGUUGGGGGGGCCCGGAUGCCCUGCUGCUGCUGCUCCUCCUGGGCUGGGCCAGCCCCACCUUCAUCAGCGUUAACCGUGGGGUGAGGGUGACGAAGGGCCGCUCCGCCUUCCUGUCAGGAGACGACCUGAAGUUUGCCGUUCCCAGAGAGAAAGAUGCCUGCAAAGUGGAAGUGGUGAUGAAUGAGCCAAUAACCCAGAGGGUUGGGAAACUCACCCCACAGGUCUUUGAUUGCCAUUUCCUUUCCGAUGAAGUACAGUACGUUCACAACGGUUGCCCAAUUCUUGAUGAAGACACAGUGAAGCUUCGACUUUACAGAUUUACUGAAACAGACACCUUCAUGGAAACCUUUAUCCUGCGGGUCUAUCUCCUGGAGCCAGAUUGUAACAUCAUCCGGAUGAGUAACAAUGUGCUGGAGGUGUCUGAAUUCUAUGGCCUGUCCCGGGCGAUUGAUAAGAACCUGCUCACGUUUGAUUAUGACAGGAUGGCUAGCCUGGAAUGCACGGUCAGGCUGGACCCUGUGAGAACUCGGCUGCCAGCCCAUGGCCAGGUGGUUCUGGUGGAGUCUUGGCCAGAAGAACCUCGUGGAGAUCAGCCGCAUAAUUUUUUCCCUGAGUCCCACGUGGGAACAGAACUGAAGUGUCCAGGUGGAAGCUGUCCCCUGGGACUGAAGAAAAUAGGAAGUCUGAAAGUAAGCUGUGAGGAGUUCCUGCUGAUGAGGCUUCGCUAUCAACACAUGGCUCCCCCUUCGCCCAACAUCGAUUAUAUCUCCAUCCGACUGGACCUCACAGAUAGCAGGAGUAAAAUCGUGUACAAGUCAGAGAGUGCGUGGUUGCCCGUCUAUAUCAGAGCCGGCAUUCCGAAUCAGAUUCCGAGGGCUGCAUUCAUGGCCAUGUUUACCCUGGAAGUGGAUCAAUUCAUCCUGACCUCUUUGACUACAUCAGUUCUGGACUGCGAAGAAGAUGAGACCCCCAAGCCCUUGCUGGUGUUCAACAUCACUAAAGCCCCACUCCAGGGCUAUGUGACUCACCUGUUGGAUCACACCAGACCAAUCUCCUCAUUCACCUGGAAAGAUCUCAGUGACAUGCAGAUUGCCUAUCAGCCACCAAACAGCAGCCACUCUGAGAGGAGACAUUACGAGGUAGAGUUGGAGGUGUUCGACUUCUUCUUUGAAAGGAGUGCACCUAUUGCCGUCCACAUCUCCAUCAGAACCGCAGAUACCAACGCCCCCCGAGUAUCCUGGAACACAGGUCUGAAUCUUCUAGAGGGGCAGUCUCGGGCCAUCACUUGGGAACAGUUUCAGAUUGUAGACAAUGAUGACAUUGGUGCUGUCCGGUUAGUCACCGCUGAUGGCCUAAAGCAUGGACGGCUUACAUUAAGAGGGGGGAAAGGAUUUCUCUUCACCGUGGCUGACCUUCAGGCGGGAGUUGUUCGCUAUCAUCACGACGACAGUGACUCCACUAAAGACUUUGUGGUCUUCAGGAUAUUUGAUGGCCAUCACAGCAUCCAUCACAAAUUUCCCAUCAACAUCUUGCCCAAAGAUGAUAGUCCCCCGUUCCUCAUAACCAACGUUGUGAUUGAACUGGAGGAGGGGCAGACCAUCAUGGUCCAGGGUUCCAUGCUGAGAGCGUCCGACGUGGACUCCAGUGAUGACUACGUCUUCUUUAAUAUCACAAAGCCCCCACAGGCUGGAGAGAUCAUGAAGAAGCCAGGGCCAGGACUGAUAGGCUAUCCUGUUCCUGGCUUCCUUCAGAGAGAUCUGUUCAAUGGCGUCAUUUACUAUCGUCACUUUGGUGGAGAAAUCUUCGAGGAUUCUUUUGAAUUUGUCCUGUGGGACAGCCAUGAACCUCCAAAUCUCUCAUUGCCACAGGUGGUGACGAUCCAUAUCACUCCAGUGAAUGACCAGCUUCCAAAAGAGGCUCCUGGAGCUUCUCGGCAUUUGGUUGUCAAGGAAACUGAGGUGGCCUACAUAACUAAGAAACAUCUACAUUUUAUAGAUACAGAAUCAUAUGACCGGGAGCUGGUCUACACAAUAACGACGCCCCCAUGUUUCCCCUUCAGCCACAGACAGUUGGAUGCUGGGAAAUUAUUCAUGGUGGAUAGCAUACCAAAGCUGACCAAAACUUCUAUAGCUCCGGGGCUGAGGUCAUUUACUCAGCAUGCUGUGAACUAUAUGAAAGUGGCCUACAUGCCACCCAUGCAAGAUAUCGGCCCCCAUCUCCGACAUGUCCAGUUCACGUUUUCUGUCAGUAACCAACAUGGCAGCACUUUGCACGGGAUCUGCUUUAACAUUACGGUUCUCCCAGUGGAUAAUCAGGUUCCUGAGGUAUUCACCAAUCCUCUGAGAGUGGCUGAGGGAGGCCAAUGCAUCAUCAGCACAGAGCACAUCCUGGUUUCAGACGUGGAUACCAAGUUGGACAACAUCUACCUCUCCCUGCGGGGACUGCCUCCACAUGGAAGGGUGGAGCUGGAUGGAUUUCCACUAAACACAGGGGAUACAUUCUCUUGGAGAGACCUCCAUACCUUAAAAGUUAGGUAUCGACACGAUGGAUCUGAGGUUCUUCAGGAUGACAUACUCUUGGAGGUCACAGAUGGCACAAAUUCAGCAGAAUUUGUUCUACAUGUUGAGGUAUCCCCUGUAAAUGAUGAGCCACCAGUCCUAAAGGCUGACCUCAUCCCCGUAAUGCAUUGCUCGGAGGGCGGAGAGGUGGUCAUCACUUCCGAAUACAUUUUUGCUACUGAUGUGGACAGUGACGACUCGAAACUGAUGUUUAUGAUUGUUCGAAAAUCUCAGCAUGGGGCGGUGAGGAGAGCUGGAGUCCCGGUGGAUCAGUUCUCUCAGGGAGAUGUUAUCUCAGGGGCUGUGACAUACAAACACACAGGUGGUGAGAUUGGCCUGGUGCCUUGUUUUGACACCAUUACAUUGGUGGUUUCGGAUGGAGAAGCUGGCCCUUUUGUGAAUGGCUGUUGCUACAAUGGACCUAAUCCAUCUGUUCCUCUUCAUGAGUCCUUUCCAGUGUAUGAUCUCAACAUCACAGUACAUCCAGUGGACAACCAGCCACCUUCAAUUGCAAUAGGUACCGUGUUCCUUGUAGAGGAGGGUUUCUCAGCAGCCCUUACCAUUAACCAUUUGUCUGCCACCGACCCUGACACUGCAGCAGAUGACUUGGAAUUUGUUUUGGUUUCUCCUCCACAGUUUGGCUACCUUGAAAACACACUCCCUUCUGCAGGUUUUGAAAAAAGCAAUGUGGGCAUAAGUAUAGCUUCAUUUCAGUGGAAAGACAUGAAGGCUUUGCACAUUAACUAUGUGCAGUCCAGGCAUCUGAGGAUAGAACCUACUGCUGACCAGUUCACAGUGUAUGUCACAGAUGGGAAGCAACGCUCCUUGGAGAUACCGUUUUACAUUAUUAUCAACCCCACAAAUGAUGAAGCUCCUGACUUUGUAGUGCAGAAUAUUACGGUGUGCGAGGGUCAGAUGAAGGAGCUGGAUCUGUCCAUCAUCAAUGCUGCUGACCUGGAUGUUCCCAAGGACCCCCUGCUGUUCAGCAUCACUCACAACCCUCGCCACGGCCUCCUCAUCAAUGGGGGGUUUAGCAAAGACCUUCCUAAGAAUAAGCAGCCAGCCCACCCUGACCAGAAGUAUGAACUUGUUCACAACUUUUCCAUGGAACUUCUCGAGACUGAAAUGAGGUUGACAUAUGUGCAUGAUGACUCAGAGAACCUUGCUGAUGACUUUACAAUCCAGUUGUCAGAUGGGAAACAUAAGAUACUUAAAACCAUUUCAGUGGAGGUCACUCCAGUUAAUGAUGAGAAACCAAUGCUGACCAAGAAGGCUGAAAUUGCAGUGAAUAUGGGUGAAACUCGUAUUAUUUCUAGUGCUAUUCUUUCAGCCAUCGAUGAAGACUCACCCAGGGAGAAGAUUUACUAUUUAUUUGAAAGGCUUCCCCAAAAUGGGCAACUUCAACUUAAGAUAGGGAGGGACUGGGUCCCUCUCCACCCUGGCAUGAAAUGCACUCAGGAAGAAGUGGAUCUGAACUUGCUGAGAUACACACACACCGGAGCAAUGGCUUCCCAGAAUCGAGAUAGCUUCACCUUCUACCUUUGGGAUGGCGACAACAGGUCACCUGCUUUUGACUGUCAUAUCACCAUCAAGGACAUGGGAAAAGGUGAUAUCGUCAUCCUUACAAAACCACUGGUGGUGUCUAAAGGUGACAGAGGUUUCUUGACAACCACCAUUCUCCUGGCUGUGGAUGGAACAGACAAGCCUGAGGAGCUGCUCUAUGUUAUCACCUCCCCGCCGCGACAUGGCCAGUUGGAAUAUGUUCGCUACCCUGGAGUCCCCAUUACAAGCUUCAGCCAAAUGGACGUAGCAGGGCAGAUGGUUUGCUACAUACAUAAGGGCAAGGCCGCUGUCCCGAGUGACACGUUCAGAUUCAUCGUCAGCAAUGGACUGCGGACCAAGCACGGGAUGCUUGAGAUCACACUGGAGACUGUGGACAGAGCCUUGCCCGUGGUGACCAGGAACAAGGGGUUGAGACUGGCCGAAGGGGCCAUGGGCCUGCUUUCCCCUGACCUCCUGCAGCUGAGCGAUCCUGACACGCCUGUGGAGAGCCUCACCUUCCUCUUGGCUGAGCUCCCAAAGCACGGCCAGCUCUACCUGCGGGGGACAGUGCUACUUCAACACAAUUUCACUCAGCAGGAUGUGGACAGCAGGAAUGUGGCCUACCAGCACUCAGGAGGGGACUCCCACAUUGACUGCUUCACUUUCGUGGCCACUGACAGGACAAACCAAGGCUUUGUUGUGAAUGGGAGAGUGUGGGAGGAGCCCGUUUCAUUCACCAUUCAGGUGGACCAGUUGGACAGAACAGCCCCCCGGAUCACACUCUUGCAUUCCCCUUCUCAAGUGGGGCUCCUGAAAAAUGGCUGUUAUGGGAUUUACAUCACUUCCCGUGUGUUGAAGGCAGCAGACCCUGACACUGAGGAUGAUCAAAUCAUCUUUAAGAUUUUACAAGGCCCACAACACGGACAUCUGGAGAACACAACAACAGGUGAAUUUAUCCGUGAGAAAUUUAGCCAAAAGGACUUAAACAGUAAGACCAUUCUUUACAUCAUAAACCCCUCUUUGGAAGUAAAUUCAGAUAUCAUGGAAUUUCAGAUCAUGGACCCCACAGGGAACUCGGCCACUCCUCAAAUUUUGGAAUUGAAGUGGUCUCAUAUUGAAUGGUCACAGACUGAAUAUGAGGUCUGUGAGAAUGUGGGUACUUUGCCCUUGGAAAUUACCAGAAGGGGAUAUUCUAUGGACUCGGCCUUUGUGGGCAUAAAGGUCAACCAAGUGUCAGCUGCAGUUGGAAAAGAUUUCACCGUGACUCCAUCUAAACUGAUUCAGUUUGACCCAGGAAUGUCAACUAAGAUGUGGAAUAUAGCAAUUACCUAUGACGGAUUAGAGGAAGAUGAUGAGGUCUUUGAAGUAAUUCUGAACUCCCCUGUGAAUGCAGUUCUUGGCACAAAGACAAAAGCUGCAGUGAAAAUUUUGGACUCAAAAGGAGGACAGUGCCAUCCUUCAUAUUCCCUCAACCAAAGCAAGAACAACACAUGGGAGAAGGGCAUUUGGCGCCCGCUACCCCCAGGGUCUUCCUCACCCACCACUUCUGGCUCUUUUCAUCUGGAAAGAAGACCUCUUCCAUCUUCCAAGUGGUUAGCGGUCACCAGGGGAGACACCCUACGGGGCUUUGAUUCUACAGAUCUUUCUCAAAGGAAACUUAGGACUCGCGGGAAUGGCAAAACAGUUCCUCCAUCCUCUGUUUAUAGAAAUGGAACAGACACCAUCUACAAUUAUCAUGGGAUGGUUUCCUUUAAACUAGAGAAUGACAGUUCCCCAACUCACACAAGGAAGGCCAAAGUAUCCAUCAUUAGUCAGCCACAAAAGGCAACCAAAGUGGCAGAUCUGCCUCAGGCAGAUAAGGUGGAAUCCACAACUGACUCACACUUCCCCAGACAGGACCAGUUGCCCUCAUUUGCAAAGAAUUGCACUCUGGAAUUAAAGGGGCUCUUCCAUUUUGAAGAGAACACCCAAAAACUCUAUCAAUGCAAUGGGACUGCCUGGAAAGCCUGGAGCCCCCAAACCAAGGUUGUGGAAGACAAAUCCUGCCCAACUGGGUGGCACCGGCACUCAGGCUACUGUCACAUCUUGAUCACAGAGCAGAAAAGCACCUGGAACGUGGCUGCCCGAGCUUGCAGGGAACAGUUUUCAAAAUUAUGUCUUAAGAAUUUUGUAUCCUCACAAAGACAUAUGAAGGUUUUAUUAAAUACAAAUGCAAUAAAGUCAUUUGACACAUUCUUUUGGUUCACAUUAGGUUUGAAUGACCAAGUGCAUUCUGGCCACUGGGAGUGGAUCGGUGGUGAACCUGUCACCUUCACCAGCGGGAAAAGAGCCCCUCCUCAACACUUACAGCCUGGGAAGAACUGUGUUUUGGUUCAAAGACGAGGAAAAUGGCAAACGAAGGACUGUAGGAAGGGCAAACCUCACAAUUAUGUGUGCUCCAGAAAACUCUAA